GGUUGAUGUAGGCAUCAUUGUUGCACGAAAUUUAAUGAAGAAGGUUGCUUAAGAAAUCAGUGAUGGACUAAACUUAAUGAAGAAGGUGCCCGACAUUGACAUAUACCCUCCUGAAGCUCGAUUCACCAUCCGAGCCUCUUUUGAUUGUGUGAUCACUAAGGUUCUCGUCAGUGCCGGAACAGAAGUCAAAAAAGGGCAACCUUUGUAUGUCAGGGGUCCUAGGAGAACCGAGGACAUUCUUUUAAACAUUUCUAGUCAUGUACCGAGCAAGGAGUCCAAGGUUGAGUACUUAAUGAUUCAUAAGAUUCUGCUGAUGAACCGAAGGUCACAUGUUGGUAUUUUCUCCAUGGAAGAUGUGCCAGUAGACCACCGGCAACAACUUGAGGAUGAUAGCCCAAUGCUAUGGGGACUUGGUAAUGAAGAAGAUGAUUUUCUGAAAAAAUUUGAAAACUUCAGAAAGUUUGAUUGUGUCAGAGGAAUUUCUGAUCACUUUUUUUCCACAGAGAGUUCUGCGUUGAACCAGCAAUCUAAAGAGUGGGCUGACAUGGUACGUAAAGAUUGGAUGAUUCUUGAGAAAUAUUUGCCUGCAGAGACCAUAUUUGUGAGGGUUGAUGAAUCAAGGAUGGAUCUUUUAAGAGCUGUAAUUAUUGGACCACAAGGGACGACUUACCGUGAUGGUCUCUUUUUCUUUGAUUUAUGCUUACCAAGCAACUAUCCUGCUAGCCCGCCGCGUGUGCAUUAUCACUCUGGUGGUUUUUGUAUCCAUCCAAAACUCUACAAGUGUGGUAAAGUUGAUAUGAGACUACCCAAAACAACCAGCGGCCAGGAGACGAUGUGGGUCCCAGGCACCUCAAAUAUUCUUGACCUUCUAGUUUCCAUACAAAACCAGAUUUUCACAAUAAACCCUAUGUACAACGAUCUUACCUAUUCAGUCAUGCGAGGCUCUCCUUAUGGAAAACUAUAUUCGUCAUGCUACAAUGAGAACACUAUUAUAAAAUCACUCAAAACAAUGGUUAAUGUCAUGAACAAACCACCAAAGAGCUUCGAGGACUUUGUUGUCGGCCAUUUUCGCAAUUGUGUUCGUAAUGUAAUGGUGACAUGUAACAGGAAGGCCUACUCAGUCAUGUUCAAGGAUGAUCUAGCUUUAUGCAGGAAGCUCCUUGUAGCUGCAUUUAACAAAAUUGGAGCUAAGGUACCCGAAGAAUUUCUUACAUGAAACUGAAAUCGUUCCUUUAGGUUUGGACAUAUUUGUUAGUUUGGUUCAAGUGGCAAGAUUGGUGGGUGGCAGCUGGUCGUCUUAGUAUCAUGUUUCUGAUGAUGUUUUGGACUUCGGUUUUCAUGUGGGCCAAGGGCAUUCCUUUUUGUUACCGUUUGAUACACCAAAUCAUGGUUUUUGAUGCUGCUAUUGCUACUGCUGUUCAUAUUUGCUACUGGUCAUGUGGUCGUUAUGUUUGCUUGUAAAUCCGGGUCUGAGGUGGAUGUUAGUUUCUGCAUUUGUUUUAUGCUCGUGUAUAAUUGAGGUUUACAUGUUUUGUUGCUGCUCUUA